ACUGCCUUCCAGCGCAUCAAAUGGAUGGUGGUGACCUGUCCUUGGGCGCAAUUGCUUGUGGCGUCCCUGGAGUGGCAGAGGGGGCCUGUGUGGUGCUCUGCAGGCUGAGUUUCAGGAGGUGGGGCUGCUCUCCAGUGGGCAGUGGGAGUCAGGGAUCCAGUCACAGGCCAUCGAGGCUCUGCCUGCACCAAGGCCUCCCAGGCCUGUAGGGUAACGGCCAGCGAGAGCUUGGAGCCCUGGUCAGUUCACCUGGAGCCCGUGUCUGUGCUCCCUGGUCUGUGCUGUCCUAUGUCACUCCUGUCACCUGGUCAGCCUGCCUCCCCAUCAGUUCCCUGGUCGGCCUGUUUCCAGGUCAGUCACCAGGUCAGGCAAAAGGACAGCAAGGGAGUCACCAGUCUGUUGAUAAUGCAACCAAGCGGUGUGUCAGUGAAGGAUCAGAUUAGUGCCCGAAGGAGUCAGUGAUUAGCCCCUUGUGAAUCAGUUCAUCAAUUAUUGAGACAACUCACCCCUUCAUGCCCUGUUCCUUAGUGGGUUAAUUAGGCUCCUCUACUCAGUCUCUUAGGAGAAGGCCGUCAGUUCUCACAGUCAUCCCACCCAUAAAGACAGGGUAUCAGUCUCCCUGUUAGCCUUGGGCUCCUCUAGAAAACCAGUUUUUCCAUUAAUGUAAGUCAGUGCUUCCUUUAUAAAGGCAGGAGAGCAUUUCCACCCUUCUCCCUCUGCUAAGGAAACACACAGAGGGAAGUGAGCCCCAGACAAAGAGUUGCCUGCAGCCCUGGAACACAGACCAAGGUGAACUUGAGAAAAGGGGUGGUCAGGAGCCUGGCAGAGAGGAACAAGAAGAAGUCAGAGUUUUAAAACUAGAUGGACCCUUACAUCUUCAGGAAUAAAGCCCACUCCUGCCAUCGAUGAGAAAAAGGAAACCAAGAGGGGAAAAAAUACUGGAUCCAAGGUCUUCAGUGAUUUACUGGCAAAGCCUGAGCCAAAACCCAGGUGAACAGGUCCUUGGGAUGACCAAGGAGACAGAUGUCCCUGCCUUGCCAAGACACAUCUGAUUCCCUCCACCACAUGCUCUUGCCGCUACCCAUCACCUCGUCCCUUCCGGCAUACGGAAGGGCUCUCCUGUGCCUGAGAAUGUCCCCACUGCUCAGGGGGCUGCCACAGCUAGAGCCAACACCCGCCAGGCUGCUCGACUCCUCCUGCUCCUUGGAGAAGACACUGCAGUGCAGCUGCUCCUUCCACGGGGUCCCCACGCCCUCUGUGCAGUGGUGGGUGGGCGGUGUCCCUGUGGGUGUGAACAGCGUGGAUGGCGGCCUCCGGGUGACUUCCACCACGCUUGGUCCCUGGGCCAACAGCACCAUCAGCCUGGCCAAGGAGCCAGAGAUGGGCACAAGCCUUCUCUGUGAGGGAAAGAACCAAAACGGAACCCAUGCUGUGAGCAUUCUACUGAUGUCAGGAAGGAGUCCUUUGGCUCCCCAGAUCUUUCUGAAAGGGCUGCUCCAGGGUGUUGUCUAUGGAUCUAUGGCAGUCACAUUGCUCUUCCUCUGCCUCCUCCCCUUCAUAGUGAAGCAUAUCAGAAAGAAGAAUGCAAAGAAAACUGCAAAGAUCAAAGCACAAAAGAACCCUGAAGUCAGUAGGCCAGAACCCAAGAUGUCUCCAAAGAAUGCUGAACCAGGGAAAUCCAUAGCUACCCCAUCUUCUGAGAACCAUAUUUUGGAAAGCAAGCUAAACUGCAGACAGUGAAGGCUGUGAAAACUCCAUGACACCGGGAGUCCCCAGUAUCCAUGGAAUUACAAAAGUCCACAAAACCCACUGAGUCCCUAGAAAGCAUGGAGUUGAUAAUAAAUCCAGAGCCAUCAGAAUCUCCACAGCUCACAAAUUCCUCUCAACCCCCACCUAUCCCUUGUGCUGGUUCUCCAUGGAUUGAGAUUUACUCUUAAACCUGGCCUCAGAACCAUUGUUGAUAAACUGUGAUUUGUUGUUUGGAUAGCCCCAUUCUGUGAUGGUGUCACAAGACGGAAAAAUACAUGUGAAAUGAUGAGAUAGCUCCAUCAGGAAGGUGUUUUGAGCUUCUAUCGUGGGACAAGAGAUACACACACAAGAACAUCAGGCAUCUUUGGAUCAAAUCCCAACCUCAAUGCUUAGUGACCGUAUGCCUUUGGACAAGACCUUUCAUCCCCCUCGAAACUUCAGUAUCUUUACAUGACAUACACCUGGGUGAGCAAAAAACACGAGCAUGAGCAAAAUAUCCAGAGAUGAGAAUGCAGAAGACACCACAUGGGCCUGAAUGCCAGGACCUGGCACUGGAGCUUGAUCUCAUAGGGCGUUAUCCUGACUCUCAGAAUGCAAUUCCAUGGGAAGAAGGUCUUCAUCUCUCUUGCUUUCUAGCUGUAUUGCCAGUACCUAUAAUUGUGCUUAAAAUAAAAGAAUCUCUCAAAA